AGGUUAAGAAAGGAAAUGAAAUCAGUCACAGGCUUUCUUUUUCUUUUUCUUGUUUCUCUAUGCUAAAUAGGCAUCUUUCUUUUCCACUUUCUUGGGUUCUUUUCUUAAUCUCUCAUCUCUCAACACUAACUUUACCUUCAUACAGAAAAAAAAAAUCCCUCUGCCUUCUCUAUUUCUUUAUAAUCUUCAGGUGGAAACCAAACCCUUGAUCAUUGCUGAUUUCUUGAAUUAUUUGGGAACAUAAUUAUUUUCAAGAAUAUUGCACUUGUUCUUAGUGGGUUGUGCUCAUAAAGCUUAUAAAGCUAACAAAUUAUUGCAAUUUUACCUGGGUUUUGUCAUAUUUUAAGAAAAAAGUUAUAGAAAUUGGUGGGUGAUGUGUCACUAAUGAUAAAGUUCCAAUCUUGACAUCCAAUUCAUUAAAUUUCACCAUUUUGGUACAUGAUUUAGCUGUUUUCUUGAUUUCUUGAAACUUUGAACCAUAAAAGAUUCUUGCUUUGAUCUCUUGUUUGUGAAUCCAUGGGACUUUGUCAUGGAAAACCGAAUCAAACCCUCGAAAAUCAUCUCGAAAACACGAAUACCCACAAUGAAACCGAACCAACAACACUGAAUUCCACUGGGAAAUCAUCAAACUUUCCGUAUUACAGCCCAAGUCCCUUUCAUAACAGCACUGCUUACAAGAACUCACCGGCGAAUUCAAGUGUCAGCUCGACGCCUUUACGCAUAUUUAAACGGUCUUUCGCACCACCGUCCCCUGCGAAACAUAUUCGAUCUUUGCUUGCUAGAAGACAUGGGUCUGUUAAGCCUAAUGAGGCCACAAUUCCUGAAGGAAAUGAAUUGGAGGUUGGACUUGAUAAGAAUUUCGGGUAUUCUAAGCAGUUGUUAAGCCACUAUGAGCUCGGUGAAGAAGUGGGUCGGGGGCAUUUCGGGUAUACUUGUGUUGCAAAGGGAAAGAAAGGGAGUAUGAAGGGCCAUGAAGUUGCUGUUAAGGUUAUCCCCAAAUCAAAGAUGACAACAGUAAUUGCCAUUGAAGACGCAAGGAGAGAAGUGAAGAUAUUAAAGGCACUAACGGGUCACGACAAUCUAGUUCAAUUUUAUGAUGCUUAUGAGGAUGAAGAUAGCGUCUAUAUAGUUAUGGAGUUAUGUAAAGGUGGUGAACUAUUAGACAGGAUACUUGCAAGGGGUGGAAAAUACUCUGAAGAAGAUGCAAAGGCGGUUAUGGUCCAAAUAUUAAGAAUCACUGCCUAUUGUCAUCUUCAAGGUGUGGUUCACCGUGAUCUAAAGCCAGAGAACUUUUUGUUUACAUCUAAAGACGAGCCGUCAGUCCUUAAAGCCAUCGACUUUGGGCUCUCUGACUACGUAAAGCCAGAUGAAAGGUUGAACGAUAUUGUUGGAAGUGCAUACUAUGUAGCUCCGGAGGUUUUACAUAGAUCGUAUGGAACAGAAGCUGAUAUGUGGAGCAUUGGGGUUAUUGCUUAUAUUCUUUUAUGUGGAAGUCGGCCCUUUUGGGCCCGCACAGAGUCCGGAAUCUUCCGGGCUGUUCUGAAGGCUGACCCAAGUUUUGACGAAGCCCCGUGGCCUUCUUUGUCAACCGAGGCAGUUGACUUCGUCAAAAGGUUGUUAAAUAAAGAUUACCGUAAAAGACUUACCGCUUCACAAGCUCUAAGUCAUCCAUGGUUGGCGAAUUAUCAAGAUGUGAGAGUACCUUUGGACAUGAUAAUCUACAAGACCGUAAAAUCAUACAUAUGUUCAUCUCCUCUAAGAAAAGCUGCGUUAGGGGCUGUCGCAAAGACUUUGAGCAUUACGGAACUAGGUUAUCUCCGCGAUCAAUUCAUGUCACUCGGGCCAAACAAAAGUGGAUUCAUAUCCAUGCAGAAUUUUAAAUCGGCUUUAACGAAGAACUGCACCGAUGCUGUUAAGGACUCACGCGUGCUAGAUUUUGUUCAUAUGGUGAGUUCUCUUCAAUAUAAAAAGAUUGACUUCGAAGAAUUUGGAGCGGCUGCCAUUAGCAUUCAUCAACUAGAAGCAAUGGAUAAUUGGGAGCAACUUGCGCGUCGUGCUUAUGAGCUCUUUGAAAAAGACGGAAACCGCCCUAUUAUGAUCGAAGAACUUGCCUCGGAACUUGGUCUUAGCCCGUCAAUACCGGUGCACGUGGUUCUUCAAGAUUGGAUUAGACAUGCAGACGGGAAGCUUAGUUUCUUGGGCUUCGUUCGGCUUCUACAUGGAGCGUCGUCUCGUGCCUUCCAAAAGGCUUAAAAUAUCAUAACAAAUAAAGUACAAACUCGUGCCAUCAUAAAACCGUCUCGUUGAUACAAAUUUCUUCAUUCAAGAAAUUCAAGCUGAGAAUUUAUGAAACAAGAAAGCAGAAACGCCAUAUGUAGCGAGCACAAUGUCGAAGAAUGUCAAAAUCUAGACAACUGUACAGAGGUAGGCCUCAUUGUGUUUAGUUUAGAAACCAGUAUGACGGUUGAGUGAAUUUUGUGUCUUUUAUUGUUCUAAUGUUAAUUUCUGGUUAUGUUCAAGAUCUACUGUUGUUUUGUACUUUUAAAACAAUGUUAUGUCAUUGUAAUAAUGCUCGGAACACAACUUGGUUGAGUGAAUUUAGUGUACGAAUUUGUAAGCUUAUGAGCA